UCUCAAUAUUUAUUAUUAUUUAUUUUUUCAGAAUAAAGUUAUUUUAUUCAUUAUAUAUAUAUUUCAUCAAUUCCAAUUCCUAUUCAUCAUUGCAACAUUGAUAUGUGAUUUUGAAUCUCCAACAACAUGCAACUACAAGAUAGUAGUAGAGUAGGUAAAGUUGCUCCCUCCAUCGCCGUACACCACAAGAUCAUUCCCCACUUACAUAAAUCGGAGUCUGGCCAUGUUGCCAAGCUUGAAAUAUUCUCUCACUAUGUUGCUAGACAAAUGGGAUUUCUAGAUGUCAGUGAGGUUCCAGAGUUAUGCAGAUUGGCACAUGACUACUUGACAAAAUUUGAAGGGUCUAAGCAAAGUAUAUAUGAAUAUGUUGCCAAUGGAGAGGACCCUAAUUCACUAUAUAAAAAAUUGGUUGAUGAGUUUGAAAGAUGCAUUCUUAGUUAUUUUGCUUUUCAUUGGAGCCAAGCUUCAUAUAUCAUUAGUCAGGUAUUAAGUACUGAGUCUCAGCCGAAAAUAAAUCUCAAAAAUAUUCUUUUGGCAGCAACAAGAAAACGUAGGUUUGAGAGAGUAACAGAGAAUCUGAAGGUGACAAGAGUAUUCUCUACGUUGGUUAAAGAGAUUAAAGCAAUAAAAGUUGUUUCUCAUAAUUGUGAUGUCAUGGACCCCAUUGUCCACAGUGAGAGGAGUCCAGUGUUGCUGCUUAUGGGUGGUGGUAUGGGAUCUGGAAAAAGCACUGUUCUUAAAGACAUUCUAAAAGAAUCAUUUUGGUCCGCAGCUGCUUCAAAUGUUGUGGUCGUUGAAGCAGAUGAUUUUAAGGAGAAUGAUGUCAUAUAUAGAGCUCUUAACUCGAGGGGUCACCAUGAUGACAUGCUCCAAACUGCAGAACUGGUGCAUCAAUCUUCCACUGACGCUGCGUCGUCGUUGCUAGUGACAGCUCUAAAUAAAGGUCGGGAUGUGAUCAUGGAUAGUACCUUAGCAUGGGAACCUUUUGUAGAGCAGACUAUUGCUAUGGCAAGAAAUGUUCACAAAUGUAAGUAUCGGAUGGGAGUAGGGUAUAAAGUUGCAGAGGAUGGAACUAUUACUGAAAAUUACUGGGAGCAAGUCAAUGAGACAGAAGAAGAACAUCAACCAGCGGAAAAUUACAAUCGAAAGCCUUACAAAAUUGAGCUUGUUGGUGUGGUUUGUGAUGGCUAUCUUGCUGUUAUUAGAGGCAUCAGGAGAGCUAUCAUGACAAGGAGGGCAGUGAGGGUGAAUUCACAAUUAGAAUCUCACAAAAGAUUUGCAAAUGCAUUUCCAAGAUAUUGCAAACUUGUUGACAAUGCUAGGCUUUAUAGCACAAACGUUUUUGGUGGUCCACCAAAGAUAAUAUGGUGGAAGAAUGAUUCGCACAAACUACAAGUGGAUCCUAAAGUUCUCAAAUGCUUGAAAAUUAUAAGCGGUGUGAAUAUUGAAGCUGAUUCUAUCUAUGAACUUUACAAGGAACCCAACCCUAUUAUCAGACCUGGUUCUGUUUGGAAUGACAUUGUUCUUUCUCUUUCAAGGUCAAAUGAUCAGAAAGAAUUAAAGGGGUCCAUUCAAAAAAUAGAAAAAUCCAUCAGAAAAUAGUAACUAAUAUAUUGUUGAAUGAUGUGGUCCUCCACAAACCAUGUUUUGUAGUAUCUAACAAAGAUUUUGAGUUAUUAUCAAACUUUUUGUUCAUCUAUAAUUCAUAUGAUUUAACGACAAAAGAAUAUGUCAGAGAAAGAAGAGAACUGCAAUGAAGUAUUUUUCCUAUCAUCAAUAGGCAAACCAACUCUAUAUGUGUAUAUGUAUAGUUAUUUGUCAAAAAAACUGUAUAUAUGUGUAUAUUUUGCGAAACAUGCUAUACUUUAGCCUUUUUAGCUCUAAUUUUGUAGUAUAUAAUGUUUAAUUUAAUGAAUCAAGCCUUAUAUGUUUGUUGAUGUUA